GGCGCCUUCCGCUUUUCCUGACCCGCCGGGACCCUCGCGCAAGUCUCUGCGCGGGGUCAUGGCGGCGGCGGCGUUCUGGGGACGGUGCUUCUCUCCCGUGCGGCUCUGCAGGAGGGCCUGGCGAGGCAGCAACCGCCACUACCGUGCCGCGCGGUGCAACGAGUUGCAGCAGCCCCUGGUCAUUGAGGAGCUCGCCCCCCGCCCUGUCCUGCCCCACGAGGUCAGGGUCGAUGUCCAUUUCUGCGGACUGAACUUUGCUGAUAUUUUGGUUUGCCGUGGCCAGUAUCAGAAAAAGCCCCCUCUUCCCUUCACACCUGGAAUGGAGUUUGCUGGGAUAGUCCUGGAGACCGGCGCAGAUGUCAGCACGGUGAAAGAGGGAGACCGCGUUGUUGGCAUGGGCAGCUUUAAUAAUAUGGCGGAACAGUGUAUCAUGGACCAGAAGACGCUGUGGAAGGUUCCGGAAAGGGUGUCCCUCCGAGACGCUGCGAUCCUGCCCAUAACUUACAACACUGCCUUCAUGGCCCUGGAGCGCCGGGCGCGCACCCAGCCUGGGGAGACCGUGUUGGUGACAGCAGCAGCCGGAGCGACAGGCCUCGCAGUGAUAGAUGUGGCAACCAACGUCCUUCAGGCCAAGGUGAUAGCCGCCGCCGGAAGUGACGAGAAGUGCGAGCUGGCCCUGCAGAAGGGCGCACGGUGGAGCGUGAACUACAGUCAGGGCAGCCUGAAGGAGGCAGUGCGGAAGCUGGUGGGCGACGGCGGGGUGGACGUGGUCAUCGACAGCGUGGGCGGAGACAUCUUCCUGGAGGCUCUCCGCAGCCUGGCCUGGGAGGGCAGGAUCGUGGUGGUGGGCUUUGCCGGAGGAGCCAUUCCCUCCGUGCCAGCCAAUCUUCUGCUCCUGAAGAACAUCUCCGCCAUGGGCUUGUAUAUGAGCCGCCACCUAGACCAGAACUUCCCCGUGUACUACGAGACCCUGUCCUCGGCUCUUCGGUACUGCCAGGAAGGACGCAUCCGGCCCCACCUGGGAGCGGUUUUCAAGCUGGAGGAGGUCAAUGAUGCUUUCCACUAUGUGACGCAGCGCAGGUCCGCGGGCAAGGUGCUCAUCUCCCUCAAGUGAAGCCGCGCCGCAGCAGCACGCCCGGCGCGUCCAGAUCCAAACUCACCGCCUUCCCAAAAGCCUGGUUUCCCUUCUGUGUUUCCAAAGGUGUCACCGCCUUCUUUAUCAACUCAGGCUCAACAUCUUUUUUCUUAUUCCUCGUCAUUAGUGUGAUCGUCUACUUGGCUGUCCAGGCGUGGACUCGUUGGAGAGGGAGAGGGUGCUGUCAGUAAUUAUGCCAGGAGAACGGGUGUCCCGCGCAAACCAGGAGGGGCGGUCACCCCGUUCACAGUACACCGGUGGCCAGGCUCCAUCGUCCCCACCUCCAAGAUACUGCUCCCCUCUUUUAUCCUCUUUAACACUGGGCUCAUUAUGUCUCAUCGGCUAAAGCCAGUGACCUCACUGGCUUUCCUACCUUUCAACUACAGUCCCUCCAUCUUGGUUAUACAUUAUUGCCACGGCGACCUUCCCGAAGCACAACCACGGCCACGACUUGUCUCAGAAAACCUGCGAUGGCGCACCUUUGUGGACGCGGUGGGGUCCAGGCUCCCUGAGCUGGCAGCAUUUCCUGACGGCCACGGUGUCGCCCCUCUCUGCUUUCCAGCCUUACGUUCGGCAGCUGCACCGGUCCCUCAGUAGCCCCGAGAUUUCCAGCCCCCCCUCCUCUCUGUUCAAGCAGUUCCCCCCACGCCCUCAUCUCUGAGGACCAGAAGCCCUCCUGACCCGCAAGACCUGUGUCUGCAGUGCGCCUCUCCCCUCAGGGGGGUGCUCCUCUCUCCUCUGCCCCUGACCCUCCUGUAGCUUCUCCCCGGGAUCUGUCGCACCACAGGGAGCAGCAUGGCUGCCGAACAUGUGGGUCUGAAUCCCAGUCGCCCCGCUUUGGAGGGGGCUCCUGAGGGUCUCUGAGUGUCCAUUUUGCUCACUGUCAUGUAGACAUUACUGCCUCCCAGGGUGGUUGUGAGCAGCAUACUCAGAGAUUGGGCAAGGUGAUUAGCAAAUGCAGGGAUUAACAAAUGCUAGUUACUUUCACUUCCUUUUUAAAAAAUAUUUUAUUUUUAGAGAGAGGGGAAGGGAGGGAGAAAGAGAAAGAGACAGAUACGAGAGAGAAACAUCGAUUGGCUGCCUCUGGUCCGUGCCCUGACCCAGGACUGAACCCACAACCCAGGCAUGUACCUUGACCGGGAUUUGAACUGGUGACCUUUCGCUUUGUGGGAUGACGCCCAACCCACUGAGCCACACCGGUCAGGGUUGCUUCUUUAUUUUCCACUUUCCCAAUAUAGCACAAGUUCCUGCAGAGCAGGUGCCAUGUUGGAUUCCCCUUUGUACCUCCUGUAGUACCUAGCACAGUGAGUUGUGCUUGGUAAAUAAUAAAUCAGGUUGAAUUAGAA